UUUUAUUUUUAGCUUUACAUCAAUUUCAAAGGUAAAGUUGUUCUUUCAGUUUUUCCAAUUCCCAGCAUCCAUUUCAUACCAAAAACCAAAACAAGUCAACAACAAAUCACACUUGAAACUUGUCAGUGAAGCUUGAUUCGUGUUAUGCUUCUGGGUUUGCAAGGGAAUGGUGGAAGAGUGAGAGAUAGAGAAAGAGAGAAGAACGAUGGUGCUGAGGAAAGUGGGCAAGUACGAAAUUGGGAGAACCAUUGGGGAAGGAACCUUCGCGAAGGUGAAGUUCGCUCAGAACACUGAAACUGGCGAGAGUGUCGCCAUGAAGGUGCUUGAUCGCAACACCAUCAUCAAGCACAACAUGGUCGACCAGAUCAAAAGGGAGAUUUCCAUUAUGAAGCUAGUUAGACAUCCUUAUGUUGUUCGUCUCUAUGAGGUUCUUGCGAGCCGAACGAAAAUUUAUAUCAUAUUGGAGUUCAUUACUGGUGGUGAAUUGUUUGAUAAAAUUAUACGUCAUGGGCGUCUUAGUGAAGCUGAGUCUAGAAGAUAUUUCCAGCAGUUGAUUGAUGGUGUAGAUUAUUGCCACAGUAAGGGAGUUUAUCAUAGAGAUUUGAAGCCGGAAAAUCUUUUACUUGAUUCACUUGGAAAUAUAAAGAUUUCCGAUUUUGGAUUGAGCGCAUUGCCUGAACAGGGAGUGAGUAUCCUUCGGACAACUUGUGGGACUCCAAACUAUGUAGCUCCUGAGGUACUCAGUCACAAGGGUUACAAUGGUGCUGUUGCAGAUGUUUGGUCCUGUGGGGUUAUCCUCUAUGUCCUAUUGGUUGGAUAUCUUCCCUUUGAUGAGCUCGAUCUAACCUCCUUAUACAGUAAGAUUGAGAAAGCAGAGUAUUCAUGCCCUCCUGGGUUUCCCGUGGGUGCAAAAACAUUGAUACAUAAAAUUUUGGACCCAAAUCCUGAAACUCGUAUAACCAUUGAACAAAUACGAAAUGAUGAAUGGUUUCAGAGAGGCUAUGUUCCUGUCAGUCUUCUCGAGUAUGAGGAUGUAAAUCUGGAUGAUGUAAAUGCUGUUUUUGAUGAUGCCGAGGAACAGAGGGCUAAUCAACAGUGUGAUCAUGAGGACAUGGGUCCUUUAAUGCUAAAUGCAUUUGACUUGAUAAUUCUAUCUCAAGGCUUAAACCUUGCAGCAAUCUUUGACCGUGGACAGGACUCUAUGAAGUACCAAACCCGCUUUAUCACUCAAAAGCCAGCAAAGGUGGUUUUGUCUAGUAUGGAAGUUGUGGCACAAUCAAUGGGAUUUAAGACGCAUAUUCGCAACUACAAGAUGAGGGUAGAGGGUCUUUCAGCGAAAAAAACUUCUCAUUUCUCGGUUAUGCUUGAAAUUUUUGAAGUGGCUCCCACAUUUUACAUGGUGGACAUUCAGAAAGCAGCUGGAGAUGCAGGUGAAUACCUCAAGUUUUACAAGAACUUUUGUGGCAAUCUGGAGGAUAUAAUCUGGAAACCGCCUCAUGAAUCAACCAAAUCAAAGGUCUCCAAGACUAGAAGCAAAAGGCGCUCAAGAUAGCUUCUGCUUCUUAGCAUAUUGAAAGAGUAAAAAAGGAAACAAAAAUACACACUUAAGGAACAUUGCCCUGGCCCCAACCUUCAUCGUACCUUCAAACCCGCCCAAGUCCAAAUUCAAAAGAGGGUAAAGUGAGUAUAUGUUUAUACAUAUAUAUCAUCUUGUAUGUUUGUUGUAUGUAAUUCUAUAGCUUUGGUUUGUCAAUUCUUCCACUAAAAUUUAUCCUGCAUCUCUUAGUGUGUGUUUGAAUGUUAGUUGAGUGCAAUGAGAAUUGACUUUCAUCCCAAUCAAUAGGAAGACUUCCAUUCACUUUUUCUAAGUGAGUGCUAAAA